AUGCCGGCAACUGGAUCCGGACCAACCAGCCCACGCCCACCGAGGAGACCGGGCCACCGGGGGACUAUCCCCACGGCGGGCUAUUACAUCUACGUCGAGGCUGGGAGCCUGUGGCCGGGCCAGUCCGUGCGUCUGGAGUCCCGGGAUUUCUGCACCGCUGAUGCCGUGUGCGUGGAGUUUUACUACUACAUGGCCGGCAUCGUGGAGACCGGAACCCAGCUCCGGGUGCUGGCCUGGGGGCCCUCUGGCCCUGGCCUCCCCCUCUGGACCCGCACCGGCCUCCAGAGCCCGGCCUGGCUGCUGGGCUCUGUCACCGUGCCCGCCGGCCGCCUGCAGCCCACCCGGAUCAUCUUUGAAGUGGUGCGGGGCGACCUGCCGUACCUCGACGUGGCCCUGGACAAUGUGUCGGUGCGGAGGGGGCCCUGCCCAGGAGCCCCGGUUACCCCACCCACGCCAGCUCCCAGCCUCACAGCCCCCACCAGCCCUGGGGGCCCAGGCUCCUCCCCAGCAGGGACUGCCACCCCCAGCGGCACCACAGCGAUGCGUCCCACGGCAACCACCACCGUAGGAACCGGCACCGCCCUCAGUGGCACCACGGCAACCAGCACCGUAGCAACCGGCUCCUCCCCCACUAGCACCACGGCAAUCACCACCGUAGCAACUGGCACCGCCCCCACUGGCACCACGGCAACCACCACCGUAGCAACUGCCCCCCGGGGCCGGGCCCGUUGGGUGGUGGUUUGA